AUGAAAGGAACAGUCAGUACUGUUGAUAAGUCUAACCCGUCUACGGCAGACGUGAGCCAAGUUGAAGCUGUCAGCGACAAGAAACCCUAUAUGAGAAUCAAUCACGGUGUUGAAUAUGAGGAUGAGGAUGAGUCUACGGACCCGGACACCAGAAGAGAACACUUUUUGGCGUGUGUUAUGAGAUACCUCGACCAGGACUGGCACCCUCUCGAUUCGCAACAGAAUCCUCGAUACACCACUGACUAUGAGGAGUUGCUUGGCCAAUUCGAACGUGCCUGGAAGUUCCGCGACUCCAUGGCCCUGGCGUUCACGUUCUUAAGGUUUGGUCCAAAAGUGACCGUUUCCAAGGAAAGAGCUGCCAUCUUUGCGCAGGCUAUGGAGCAAGUUCUCAGACUUGGUCACAGUCCCGAUUGGAACAACAGUAGCCAUGUGCAAACGUUGUACGAUUGCCGCACUUUGGAAGAUUUCCAGCUGGUUUUGUGGAGAUGUGAAUUGAUUAGCCCGGGGGCAUUGAUAGCGAAGAUCUACUCGAGGCACCAUUCCGAGCCACUGUCGGAUGUUACAAUUGAAAGUCUCAUGGACGACUGCUUGCAAGUUCCCUUCCUCUGGUCACACGACCCAUACCUCCUGUGCGCUGUUAAGGCAUACGCGUGGGAGCUGGCGCUUGCCUUGGGUCUCGAGGUGCUUAAGGAGCUCAUGGAGCGCAUUCCGAACUGGUGGAUAAUCCCAAAAGCUAAGUUAUCUUACAAAGAUCGCAUUCAGUGUGAGUUAAGGGUUAACAUACGUCGUCGACCGCAUCCGUCACUUGUGCCUCAAUCGGCAGAUCCUCAAACUGAGGAUCGGACGAGAGCUACAACUAAGCAGGUGCAACAUUCGGGAAACAAGGUGUCAAAGAAGAAGUGGAAAAAAAGAAGACGCAAUAAGUCGGGAGAUAAUUGCUACCGUUGCGGUGAUAUCAUUCAUUGA